GCCUGGAUGUUCAAAUUGCUACAGAGUGCAGACUCUAGUGCGGAGAUAAUCAAUUGUGUGACUAUAGAAAAAAACGUGUUUUGUGUGAUCAGGUACUGACAAUAACAAAUUGUCCAAGCAAACAAAAUGAGCAAGCACUUUCUAAUUGUUGAUGCUUGGCUAGAGGAAGAUAAACACGAUAUCCAUCGAUGUGUUAUUUCCAGUACUUGGUGCAUAAUGGAUGAGGAAUUGUGUUAUUGGCCCCCCAAUUCAGAGGAAAUGGAUAAACUUACUCUGUACAAACUUCUUCGUAAACAUACAGUACCCGAUUAGGAUAAGUGGGAUAUAUAUCAGAUGAAGAAAAAGAAGUCUUUUGAUGAUUUGGACAAAGCAAAUGCUGCUCUCAGGUUGUACUAUCAAACAACUGAAUUGGCGGCUGCGGGUAAAAGGCCUCGUCCAGAAAAUUCAGGCAUCCAAUCGGAGAUAGAUGACCAUCAAGUUGGCAGAGGGCGUCGAACUCCGAAACCCCGAGACAUAUAUAGUCCACCAUCCUCUCCGAGUAUAGGUGGUAAUAAGCGAAGUGGGCUAACGACAAUAAGAUGCACGAAACGGUCAUAUGAUACUUUUCAGAGUCCGGCGAACAGGUUUAGGUCCAGCAAACGAGUUCAUCCACCAAAUAUAAAUGUAGUGGAAUCUGUUUUUGACUCAUCCCCAUUGGAAAAGAAAGUGGCUGCAUCAAAGCCAGUAAACUGUAUACAGAAACGUUCAAGAGCGGAAUCAACUUGCUUUGUGGAUUUGAGCUUUCCAGGUUCAUUUAGUAUUUCAUAAAUAACGUAAAAUAAUUGUCGUGGAGAUUUGUUCACAGAUUCGGGUGGUCCAGAAAAAAAUCACAAGGAUUUACAUGAUGAAGGUGAUUUGGAUUUAUCGUCGCAAUACGUAUAUCCAGUGGAUAUCACUGUGCCGCCUGGGGAUGUGUUGAGCCUUUUCAUUAAAAUUAAGUUUAUUAAACGACAGCAAUAAAGCACGAACAAAGAAUUUUGAAGAAUGGAAAAUUUUGACGCCGUCGGUGUUUACGGUCACCGAGAAAUUCCCAUCUAAAAAAAAAUAUUUUUAGCUUAUCUUCUCGGUACAAAUUCCCCGUAUAUAUUUUGCCCAUCACUUUUCCGUCAGAAAAAAUGACGUCGAGAUUUCGCGCAGAUAUUUUUUCGCCAAUAUCAUAUGACUCAAAAAUGUUUAUGAACUGCUCUUCUACUGAUCUGACCAAAAAAUUGCAAUUAUGUUUCUCUAGUUCUUGAGUUGGCAUUGCCCUAUUACAGGUUUUACAGGUAAGAAAACCCUCACUUUAUCUGAGAUAACUGGAACAGUACUCACAAUAGUAAUGGCGAGUUACAGCAUUUGAUUUCAUGUUAACAAUUUUGUCAAAUAAAUGCCAGCUUUUUAAUGCGUACGGAUGACACAAGAAGGCUUACGAUUUCCAGAAAAUCAGACAGAGAAGAGCUAGUUAGAUUAUGCCUAAGGAACGUAGGUGGCAUUUCAAAAGACUGGAAUCUGAAAUUAGAGAUUUGUCAGACACCAGUUCCUCGUCAGCCUCACCUUUGCUCGUAACAUUUUGAAUUUCUUAUCUUGUUGAUGAUCUCGAGGGAUUCUAAGAUACAAAAAAAUUUUUAGCAUUUUUGCUGAAACGUAUUAAAUGCACUGCUGCUAUACUUGAGUAGAUAAAGGUUCAUUGAAAGAACAAUUUCCAAGCUCUUCACCACCUCACUGAGGUUCACCAUGUGCAUAUUUAUUUUGUUUUGUAACAUCAACAAAUGAAAUAAUGGCCCUUUCAAAUAUAAAAUUACGUUAUGAAAAACUAAAGUAACAGAGAAAGUUCCACAUGGUGUUAGAAUUAGUAUUUCCAUAAGUCCUUAUACUGUGUAUUCCUUGACGUUUCCAGUUAAACACCAUCGUACUUGGAAUGUCCCUCACUACUCCGUCGAUGGAUCUUUUUCGCCAAAAACGAUACGGUCCUCUCACAACAGACACUGAAAAUUAAAUAUAUUUUUUUAACAAUCGAAGCUGUCCAAUAACAUAGCAACCCACAAACUGAGUGCUAUGAGAGGGGGCUCCGCAGAAAGCAAAAGGA